AUGGAGGAAAGGGAAAGGAAGAGUCAGUGGGAGAGGGUGUCUCCCAGGAAAUCGCGUUCUUCCAUAUCCAAGUUCUCUGUCUUUGCGGCUAACCUAACUUUCGACACAACAUUAGACGAUCUUCAUCGUAUAUUUGGGCGUUUUGGCAAGCUUGCUGAUGUGUUUAUCCUAUGGAAUCGAACCCUCAAUCAGUCUCGUGGCUUUGCAUUCAUACGAUUUUGCUAUGAACAGGAUGCCUUGAAUGUUAUUUACUAUCUUCAUGAGAGAAGAAUAGAUGGAAGGGUGGUGCACAUAAAUUGGGCGAGAAAGAAAUCUAGGAUGAAUGAGGCAUCCCAUCCUCCUUCGGUGCACAUAGAUUGGGUGAGAAAGAGAUCUGGGAUGAAAGAAGCCGAGGCAUCCCAUCCUCCUUCUCAGAAUUAA